AUGGCGGCUUCCUUGGUUGCUAAUGGUAAUAUAGCCGCCGUUAAGCCUUCGGUGACUGGUCGGUUCGCUUCGGUUUACAGUGAAGUACAGAACAGCCGGCUCGAUCAUGCUCUUCCUCUUCCUUCAGUCCUCAAAAACCCCUUCAAGGUCGUCGACGGUCCUGCCAGCUCCGCCGCCGGCCAUCCAGAGGAGAUCGAGAAGCUGUUCCCUUGUCUGUUUGGGCAACCAUCGGCAAUGUUGGUACCUGGUGAUUCAGGUGAAUUUAAGUCAGGUCCGAGCUUGAAGAUAGGAGUGGUGUUAUCUGGAGGACAAGCUCCUGGCGGACACAAUGUCAUUUCUGGAAUUUUUGAUUAUUUGCAGGACCAUUGUAAAGGAAGCACACUGUAUGGUUUUAGGGGUGGACCAGCUGGGAUAAUGAAGUGCAAAUAUGUUAUAUUGACCUCAGAGUAUGUUUAUCCAUACAGAAAUCAGGGUGGAUUUGAUAUGAUUUGCAGCGGGAGGGACAAGAUUGAGACUCCAGAGCAGUUUAAGCAAGCUGAAGAAACGGCAUUGAAGCUUGAUUUGGAUGGGCUGGUUGUAAUUGGUGGAGAUGACUCUAACACAAAUGCUUGCCUCCUUGCAGAAAACUUCAGAAGUAAAAAUUUGAAAACCCGAGUGUUGGGAUGCCCAAAGACCAUUGAUGGUGACUUGAAAAGCAAAGAGGUUCCCAUAAGUUUCGGAUUUGAUACGGCAUGCAAGAUCUAUGCGGAAAUGAUUGGAAAUGUCAUGAUAGAUGCUCGCUCAACUGGAAAAUAUUAUCAUUGUAUGUAUAUGGGGCAUGGCCUUAAACUCAAACAGAUCUUACUCCUGCAUGUUCAUGGCCUUGCAUUUUACACUCUUGUUGGCAAAUUUGAAUGUGGUUUUCCCCAUCUUGACCACCACCAGCUGUCAGCUUGA